AUGUCGUCGGGACUAUUCGAAGAUGGAUUCUCAGCCGAAAAGCUCUUCGCACAGGGAUACUCCUACACCUACGACAACGUGAUAUUCCUCCCUCACUACAUCGACUUCUCAACAGACGCCGUCUCCCUCUCCACGCGCCUCAGCAAGCGCGUCCCACUCUCUAUCCCCUGCGUCGCUUCCCCUAUGGACACAGUCUCCGAGUCACACAUGGCUGCUGCUAUGGCUGCGCUUGGAGGUAUCGGAAUCGUUCAUUAUAACUGCGGCAUCGCUACUCAAGCUUCCGUUAUCCGCCACGCUAAAUCUCUACGCGUUCCGAUUGCGUCUGACGCUGUUUUUAAGUGUCCUGACCAUUUGAUUAGUUCGGUUGAUGACUUUGGUCCUUCUUCUUUUGCUUUUGUCUCUCAGACAGAGACAUUGACACAGAGUUUGUUGGGUUAUGUCUCAAAAUCGGAGUGGUCCACUAUGAAAGAUGAACAAAAGGAGAUGAAGAUAUACGAUUACAUGCGGAGCUGUGAGAGCAGAGACUACUAUGUUCAUCCCUUUCGCAUACUUUUCUCCACAACCUUCCAAAAUGACUAUUUAAAACGUUUUCUUCUCUGA